AUUUCGAAGCUUGAUUUGAAUCACGAGCAGGAAAUCACUGUAGACUCCGGCAUCUCCUGAGAUCGACUACAUUUCAAUGACUUGAGUUUUCCCCGCAAUUAAUUGAGUGAAGUUCAUGAUCCGAUUCUGUUUUUACCGGAUUGAGAUUAGAUUAGGAGGAUACUGCUAUCGAAUUGAUUAGAUUCCAGUUUGAUUGCGCAAGAUCCAAUUCAUGGCGAAUGCGUGGAGACGAACCCAAUCCACCAAAAUCCUAACCCCCAAAAACCUCCUCCUCUUCAUCUCCACCUCCCUCGUCCUCCUCACAUUCCUCUACCUCUCCUCCCAAACCCCCACUCGAAACCCCAGCCCCAAAUCCCCCAACCACUCCCUCUCAGAUCGAGCCAUCAAGCCCUUCGACUGCCUCGCCGCCCCGCAGGCCCACCCCGUGGUGGCCAACACCGUCGAGGGGCUCAAAUUCCCCUUCCUCUACUCGCUCUCCGACUUCGGAACCUUGCCCGACAAGCCCCACAAGAACAUCGUCCGCAUCCUCAAGGGGAAGCCCUUCCGCCGCCCCGACAUAUCGGCCACCGUGCAGGAGCUUCUCGGCGAGAUGAAGGCGCGCAAUCGGCAGGGGAUUUUCGUCGACGUUGGGGCUAAUGUGGGGAUGGCCAGCUUCGCCGCUGCGGUGAUGGGGUUUAAAGUGGUGGCGUUCGAGCCUGUUUUUGAGAAUUUGCAGAGGCUUUGUGAGGGGAUUUAUUUCAAUCGAGUUGGGGAUUUGGUUGAGCUGUUUGAAGCCGCUGCUUCUGAUCACUCCGGCAACAUCACGUUCCACAAGUUGGUUGGCCGGCUUGACAACAGUGCAGUCUCAGCCGCUGGUGCCAAGAUGGCUUUCAAGUCCAAUGAAGAGAUUGCACUUCAACUAAGGUCCAUUCCUCUCGAUGAUGUAAUCCGAGACACUGAGCAUGUUCUCUUGCUUAAAAUAGACGUUCAGGGUUGGGAGUAUCAUGUCCUAAAGGGCGCUUCAAAAUUACUAUCGAGAAAGAAGAGUGAAGCGCCAUACCUGAUAUAUGAAGAAGACGAGCGUUUAUUACAAGCAAGCAACAGUAGUGCACAUGAGAUACGGGAGUUCCUUCGCACAAUGGGUUACCGGCAAUGCACACAGCACGGAACAGAUGCACACUGCACGAAAACAGACUGAAAUCUUUAUUCGUCCCUCUACCAAUUUGCACAAGAAUUAACAGUGAUUGAGCAAGCAUGAUGCACUUACAUAGAAUAUGUUCGCGGUGAUAAGCAAUCGAUCGAGUCAUGCAGUUCGAACACAUGUUAUGCCUUUGGACGGCCCCUGAUGAGACUCGGUGUCCAGGUUCUCAGUUAUCUGUAGACAUUAUGAUAUUGCGUGGGUUCCAAAUGAAGCUCUGCAAAGGCCACUUGAGAUUUUCAUGCUUGUAAUCACUUAAGAGUAAGAAUUUCUUUUCAGUUUAAUUUGAUCUUACAUUUCUUUUCAUUCUAUUGCUUUUGUUGAAGCCAAAACAGAAUUCUUGGGAAAUGGAUUAAGUGUUGCAAAAUGCAAUUUUUUUC